AUGCGUCCUACCGCUGCAUUGCUCCGAGUGGCCCUGUGCCUUUCCUCUGCCGCGCCUCUGGUGUCGGCAUGGCCUGGCUGGCUCCCCGACAUCGACGCCCUGGUUGUCCGUGCUAAUGCUGAUAGCAAAGAGGGCAAUACUGCUCUGCCCACCGGCGCCACUGGCGGCGGCGGCGAAGGUGCCAACACGGCCGAGCCAACCCAACCCCCCAACUCAAAACAAACCCAGACCAGCGGCAGCAAUGACUCGAAAACUGGUGACAACAAGGGCUCCAAGACAGACAGCAAAAACGACCACAAGACGACUAGCAAGAAGAAGGGGCCUACACACACCACGUUCGAUCCCGAAUCCCCCCCAGGAAAUGUUGUGUUGCAGACGCCCGGUGUCUUUGCCGCUGGUGCUCCCCUCUACAGAAUUGGCGACUACGUCACCUGGGGCUGGAAUUACACCAACUUGCUCGGCACCCCAACUGCCAUUGAUGUUCUCAUUGGCUGCUCGGCCGUCUCUGAGACGUGGACUCUUACGUCCAACAUGACAUUCAAGACUUCCGUGGCAUACACGUGGAACAGCAGCGUCCAGGCAACCGACGUCAGCCAGCCCCUCUCCAACAACAUGUACACUCUCAUCGUCAAGGAUUCGGAUUCCGCAGUCACCCAAAUCCCCGACCCUGGCUAUCUUGGCACCUUUUCCUCCUAUACUUUUGGCCUUUACACUUCCCAGCCAUACGUUGAUUAUGACAAGUGGACGUGCGACGCUUGCAACGCAGCCCUGGCCAAGUUUGAUCAUCACGUUCUUGGAUUUGCCAUCACCAUGGGUAUGGUGACUGUGCUCAGCUUUACUUGGUUCGUGUCUGGCGUUGACCUCGCCUAA